GAUCUGAGACUAAAACUUUUCCAUUAAUUAAUUUCACUAGUUGCACCGUGAUUUGAGGAUUAAUGAUGUAGCAUGUGGUAAGAUCUUCUUUACCAAACAAGUGACGUGUCAACCUUUAUGUAGAAAUCUUUUUCAUGGAGAUACAAAGAGAGAUAGAAAGAUAGAGGACAGAGAAAUAUAUAGGGGUUAAGGAAUGGAGAAAAAUGCAGAGAAGAAAAGAAUAGUGUUGGUUCCAUUUCCAUUACAAGGACAUAUCACUCCAAUGAUGCAACUUGGUCAAGCACUUAACCUGAAAGGCUUCUCGAUUACCGUUGCUCUUGGAGAUUCCAAUCGAGUAAGUUCUACGCAACACUUCCCUGGUUUUCAAUUUGUCACAAUACCUGAAACCAUACCACUAUCUCAACACGAGGCACUCGGAGUUGUCGAGUUUGUGGUUACGCUCAACAAAACAAGCGAGACAAGUUUCAAGGACUGUAUAGCUCAUUUGUUGCUGCAACAUGGAAAUGAUAUUGCUUGUAUCAUUUACGACGAGCUCAUGUACUUCUCUGAAGCUACAGCUAAGGAUUUAAGGAUUCCUAGUGUCAUAUUCACCACUGGUAGUGCUACAAAUCAUGUUUGUUCUUGUAUUUUAAGCAAACUCAACGCCGAGAAGUUCUUGAUCGACAUGAAAGAUCCUGAAGUGCAAAACAUGGUGGUGGAAAAUUUACAUCCACUAAAAUACAAAGACUUACCAACUUCAGGAAUGGGGCCGCUAGAGCGAUUUUUGGAGAUUUGUGCCGAAGUUGUCAACAAAAGAACAGCUUCCGCUGUUAUAAUCAAUACGUCAAGUUGUCUAGAGAGCUCGUCUCUGUCAUGGCUGAAACAAGAACUCAGUAUUCCAGUGUAUCCAUUAGGCCCUCUUCACAUUACAACUUCAGCAAAUUUUAGUUUACUUGAAGAGGACAGGAGCUGCAUUGAAUGGCUGAACAAGCAGAAACUGAGGUCAGUUAUAUACAUAAGCGUAGGAAGCAUAGCUCACAUGGAAACCAAGGAAGUAUUGGAGAUGGCUUGGGGAUUGUAUAAUAGCAACCAACCUUUUCUAUGGGUAAUCCGACCCGGUACAGAGUCAAUGCCAGUGGAAGUCAGUAAGAUUGUCUCGGAAAGAGGAUGCAUUGUGAAAUGGGCGCCACAGAAUGAAGUACUUGUGCAUCCUGCAGUGGGAGGUUUCUGGAGCCACUGUGGAUGGAACUCAACACUCGAGAGUAUUGUGGAAGGAGUUCCAAUGAUUUGCAGACCGUUUAACGGUGAGCAGAAGUUAAACGCGAUGUAUAUAGAAAGUGUUUGGAGAGUAGGGGUUCUGCUUCAAGGAGAAGUGGAGAGAGGAUGUGUAGAGAGAGCUGUGAAGAGGUUGAUUGUGGAUGAUGAAGGUGUAGGAAUGAGGGAGAGAGCCCUUGUUUUAAAAGAGAAGCUCAAUGCCUCUGUAAGAAGUGGAGGCUCUUCAUACAAUGCAUUGGAUGAGCUCGUCCAUUACUUGGAGGCAGAGUAUAGAAAUACUUGAAAACAGAGUAAAUCUGAAGAAUUUAUGUAACAUAAAGGAUAAAUCAUGAUUUUUAUAGAUCAAGCUUGAUUUUUUAAAGAAAGACCAUUGCAUGUUUAAUCCUGAAAAGCCUUUCCUACUGUAUACCACAAACAUGAGGCAUGUAUCAAAUUUGUCGCAACAAGAGAUAUUUCUAGUACUUAUUUUGAGCUUUGUAAUUGUAUGUUAGCUUAUUUUGUAUUAUAUUAUUUUUCUAGUAGAGACGACUAUCUUGAUUUCAUAAACCAAUUAAUAUUUGCCAAGUAUUCUUUAUAGUUUGAGCUACCAGUUAC